AUGAGUAAUUCACUGGAAGAGCGUCUGAAAUCUUAUUCUAGUGCGUUUGAUGGGUUACUAUCGCUAAUUCCGGCAAAGUACUAUUAUGAUGAUAAGACUAAAGAGCAAUGGAAAGCUAAAAAAAAGUCGAAACAACAGUCAAAAAUAGACAAGAAGAAGAAGCUUGACCCAUAUGAGCAAGAUCAGGAAUCAUCUUCUGCUUUAGAGGUGAUGAAACUUCGGGAAAAGGAGGCCAAGCCAGUUGUAUUGCCUGGUGAAAAGUUGAAGGCGUCCAGAAAACUACAAGAGGAAAAGCAUGAAGAGAAUGUAAUUGACGAAGAAGAAGAUGAAGAAGAAGGAAUUAAUGUGAUUUUCGAUGAUGAAGGUAAUGAGGUUGGUGCCGAAUCGCAGGAAUCGACGACCCAACAGGAACCAGAUUCUGGAGAACAGCAAGUUGUAGAAUCGAAGGCAAAGGGGCCUUUAACGGCUACUUUAGAGAAUCAAAAAGCGGAAAAGCAAAAGAAGAUGGAUGUUUUACGGUCUAAGCUGCAGGAAAGAAUCCAAGCUAUGAAAGAAAGGAGAAGGGCUCCAGGGUCUAAAGUUGAAGGGGCACCUAGCUCACGGGAAGCCAUUUUGGCUCAGAGAAAGAAAAGAGAUGAAUUGAAAAAGAGAAAGUUGGAAGAGGAGAAAUUAAAGCAGGAUUAUUCUUCUGCCGAGGAUAGCGAAUCUGAGUCUGAAAGCGAUGCAGAAGACCAGCCACCUCAUAAAAAAGCUCGUAAAUCAGAUAUUGAUAUAUCCACAAAAGACCUGAUGUUUCAGAAUAUUGUUUUCGAUGAUGGCACUAAAGCGACUUCAGAUCUACAGAAAUUGAGAAAAACAGACAAGAAAAAGGGUCCUGCUAGGAAUGAUAUUAAAGCACACCUAAAACUUGCUGAGGCGAAGAGAACUAAUCUAGAAUCUAAGGAUGAAUUGGAGCAGAUAAUGGUAAAAGAAAAAGAUAAGUGGAAAAAAGCCAUGUUACAAGCUGAAGGUGUGAAGUUGAGAGAUGAUGAAAAGCUUUUAAGAAAAGCGCUAAAGAGAAAGGAAGCCAAGAAGCGAAAGUCAGCAAUUGAAUGGAAAGAUCGUGAACAAACGGUCGCAACUUCUAUCGCUGAGAAACAAAAGAGAAGAGAACAGAAUCUAGCUAUAAGGAAAGAUAAUAAGGGUAAGAAAAAGUCGAAGCAGCAGAAAAUGAAGCGGAAAUUCAAAGGUGUUGUAGCAUCCAAGAAGAGGGCAGGCUUUGAAGGCCGCUUAAAGAGUGGUAAGAAGCAAUAA